AUGUCCUUUGGUCUAACCAAUGCCCUUGCUGCCUUCAUGGGUAUGAUGAACAGAGUAUUCAGACCAUAUCUGGAUAGCUUUGUUGUUGUAUUCAUCGAUGAUAUAUUGAUUUAUUUGAGCAGCGAAGAAGAUCACAAACAGCAUCUCCGUUUAGCAUUGGAAAACCUGAAGGAAAAUCAUUUGUAUGCCAAAUUCAGUAAGUGUAAGUUUUGGCUUAAGGAGGUAAAAUUUUUAGGGCGUGUGAUUUCAAGUCAAGGAGUAUUAGUCGAUCCUAGCAAAAUUGAAGCUGAAGUAAGCUGGAAGCGACUGACAAAUGUGCAUGAAAUUCAGAGUUUUCUGGGAUUACCUGGUUACUAUCGGUGUUUCAUGGAGGGAUUCUCUAAGUUGUCAGGACCCCUCACUGCCCUAACUAAGAAGAAUGCUAGGUAUGUCUGGACAGAGAAGUGUGAGCAGAGUUUUGUGGAACUCAAGGAAAGGCUCUCAACUGCGCUGGUACUAGCCUUACCUGAACCUCAUAAACCCUAUGUAGUAUUUAGUGACGCAUCCAAAUCAGGACUUGGAUGUGUGCUCAUGUAA